AUGUCGUACGGCACGCAUCGUGAUGACGUGGGUGAUGUUGCCCAUCGUGAAGCGCAGUACAAUUAUGCUAUCCGUGCCGGUGCCCAGGGUUUUGCUGGCGGUCUAGCGGGUGCCUUCGGUUUGGGUUGGUAUUUGCAAAGGACCUUUAGGCAUGUGCGUCAGCUGCCUAUGUCGCUCAAGGCAGGCUGUGUGUUCCUUACGGCCACGGGUGUCGGUGUCAUUUAUGCCGACAAGGCGAGUAUCAAGUUUGAUCAGAUGCACUACAAGGAUUCCAGUGCCUAUGUCGAUCGCCGCUCGUCCAGCGAGGCCCAGGCGGCAUGGUCGAAGCUCUCGACCUUUGACAAGAGCCUUACGUGGGCAAAGGACCACAAGUUCAGUGUCGUGCUCGGUAGCUGGCUGGGCUCGAUGGGUCUUUCGUGGCUCUACAUCCAGACUCAGCCCCUAUCCUUUGCGCAAAAGCUCGUUCAAGCUCGUGUUUGGGCCCAGGGACUGACGGUCGCCAGCAUGAUUGGUAUGGCUGCGCUGCUGCAGAUCCCAUCUGAGGGCGACAAGCUGCUGGAAAAGACGCACUCGGCGGAUGACACGUCGUGGGAAAAGCGCCUGAAGGCGGCCCAGCUUCAGGCUCAGAAGCGGCCACCGCCCGUGCACCUGACAAGCACCAAGCAGGGCGAGUCCCAUGAGGAGUCUGAGUCCUAG